AUGAAGGGUGUCAGUUUUAUUUUCAUAGGCCUGUUGGGCUUCUCCUGCGCCCAAUUUUUGAACAACCGGCCCUUCCCGACCUACAGUCUGGAGAACAUGCCUGAUACGGAGUUUUCCUGCCGCGAUAAAAUCCUCGGAGGCUAUUACGCCGAUGUGGACACCAUGUGCCAAAUGUUCCACAUUUGUGUCAAAGUAGCUGGAGUUGGGGUCCAAGAUUUCCGGUUCUUGUGUCCCAACGGGACGGCUUUCGACCAAGAUCACCAAAUUUGCGCUGAAUGGGAGGACGUAGACUGUGAUGCCUCCACAUUGUAUUAUUCUAGCGACAAUUUUGACCUUUACCGCAUCGGAUCAGGUUUUGAAUCAAAAGCGGUGAAAUAUGGAGAAGAUGAAGAAACAUUUGCGCUACAAAGAGCCGAAACGGGGGACGCGAGACUAAAUCGGGACCAUCAAGCCCAGAGGGUUAAUCAGCAAAAGGAACAAGCCUUCAGGAAAAACAGGCCACAAAACAACAACAACAACAACAACGAUAGAGAGAUUUUCAAAGGGUCGAGCAGCUCGAAUUUCUUCAACAACCGAAACGGCGGAAAGGAAACCGAUGACGAUUACGACGACAACACCAAUGCUAACCAGAACAACGACAACUUCCAGAAGAAGAAGCUGUUGAGGAAACAACACAGAAGGCCCGUCCAGAAUGACAACAACAACCAACAAAAUCGCAGGCCGCAACAACAAAAUAACAGGCCACAGAACAACCAACAACAGAAUAAUAGGCCACAACAACAGCAACCAAAUAACCAACAACAACCAAAUAAUAGAGCUCAAAACAACAAUAACCAACAACAACAAAAUAAUAGACCCCAAAACAACAAUCAACAGCAACAAAAUAAUAGGCCCCAAAACAAUCAACAACAGAAUAAUAGGCCACAACAACCGAAUAACUACCAACAACAAAAUAACAGACCACAACAACAACAGCCGAACAACUACCAACAACAAAAUAGCAGGCCGCAAAACAACAAUCAACAACAACAGAACAACUAUCAACAACAAAAUAAUAGGCCACAAAGCAACAAUCAACAACAACAACAACCAAACAACUACCAACAACAAAAUAAUAGGCCACAAAGCAACAAUCAACAACAACAACAAUCGAACAACUACCAACAACAAAAUAAUAGGCCGCAAAACAACAACCAACAACAGCAAAACAACCGCCCGCAACAGCAAUACGUUGAGGCCCAAACCUACCGUCCUAACCGUCCGACAGGUUUCGCCAACAACUUCGCCGGAAGUAGUUACGUUCCUACAACAACCCGGCCCACUACAACAACAUUUCCCGAAACGGUGAAACCCAGAAAUGGGCAAAGACAAUACAACAAUGCUGACAAUUUCCGCCAGAAUCAAAAUUCACCGACUCCUUCUUACCCAUUGAGUACUCCGGCUCCGUUUAAGCAGACCCAACAGUACAACAGUCCACCAAAUCGACAAACAACACAAAAUAACUACAAUAAUGGUCAAUACAACCCAACAACUCAAGCACCACAAAGAGAAACCGAAAAUUACCCAGCCAAUUUCCAGAAACAGAAUUACAACAAAGCGACUGAAAAUUACCCGCAAAGAACACAAACACCCAGAAAUAAUAACAAUAAUAACAACCAAUUUAAUAGUAAGCCGACCGAAGUCAACAACCGGAACCAAUACACGACUCCAGUACCCAAAGUUACCCAAUACAACACUCACUACGACGUUCCAAAAAUAAAACCAACGAAACAAAAUGACAAUUACCCAACCACCCAGAUCAAGAAUGACUAUUCAACCCAGUUUAGCAAGAAACCAACAACACCGUUCAAGCAAAACGACAAUUACCCAACAACUUUCGCCCCUAAGUUUAACAGCAACAACAACAACUUCCCUUCAACGUUCGCUCCCCGAACCAACAACGCCUACACCCAAAUAUCCCAACAAACGACCUUCUACAACUCGAACAACAACCAACAACAAUACAGUACUCCCAGAACAACCUCCUUCACCCAAUACACCCCAACUGUGCCCAAAAUCACCCCAACAACCCCCGUUGCACGGUCGAACCGCUUCGACGAAACGCAAUACGAUGAUGGUUCCUAUAACCCAAAAUACGACCGAAAUGAUGAUGAGUUUUUGAAAACUGCCCACAGUCAGAACAUUGCCAGCAGUCGGAACGAGUACUCAAAAUCGACCAAAAACGUCCAAUCGACCCAAAAACCACAAUACGAGUCGCCGAGACCCUUCUCCGUCAGUCCAAACACCCCGAAAGCUACAGAUUUUCCCAAAUCAACCCCUAAACCGGUCAACAACGUCAAAAAAGUCAAAGAUGUAAGCUACGAUUACGCGUACUAUGACACGAAUGUCGGCAGCGAGCCCGAAUAUGAGAUUGAUACCGAAAUUAAGAAGGCAAAUGUAAAAAACUAG